CCUACAUAUGUCGGGAUCUUGAGCUGCCACUUAAAAACCCACGAGGCUUGACUCCGCCUCUCUCUCGAGGAAGUAUCGUAAAACUGCCCGUCUUCUGUCGUUUAAGCGUAUUGCCACGAUAGUUCUUAGCAUCGUCAUCUCCACGUUGUGUCGCAUUCCUUCUGCCCCAGCUCGUUAUCUGGGUGUCUUGCACAUCGUGAUGACGCAACCUCCUUAGGUCCUCUCGUAUCUACUCUUUUACUCUACUCUUCUACCUCGAUGAAGUACGGCUCCUGCGCCGCCAUACUACGGAACUAGUCCCUUGGAAUUAGCGACUCGAAUUGCCUUCCCGUUCUCAAUCUGCGCUCGUGUCACAGUUACAGAGCUACAAAACAGAUUGCUCUCUGCUAUAUACCCUGUUGCUCAACGCCGUGUCGCAUCCACUUCUGUUGCGCGCUCUCUCACCAUGGUGACGAGGAAACCCACCCCCGAAAGCCCCUCGACUAAUGUCAACGAUGCCAACGCAUCCGAACCUCCCCGCAUAGAAGUAUGGUCAGCUACCAAUUCCGAAGUCGACGCAGAGAGAAUAUGGGGCACGCCAGAGCAAACCUCCGCGGGGCAUCGUGGGGCCAGCGAAACCGGCAACACCGAUACUUCUCGAAAAGUCCCGGAUCCAUUGCGGCCUGGUGUCACCACUAUCAGCCCCCCUUAUGAACAAGCGGAGCAGAAUCCAUGGGACGAUAUAGACAACGGGGUAAUUGUGCCUAAUGGAGACGACGCUCAGCCUACUACGCUGGUUAAGGUCCCAACUGUCUUGCGCCCCGGCGUUGGUCGGUCAGAAACGAACCCAUUCAAGCGGAAGCCUAUACAAAGCUCCUCGGCAGUAGUCGACAUUCCAAGAAAACCUUACGAGGAGUCUACAAUUGCUUCAGAACCACCCACCGAGGCGUUUUCCCAACUUGGAGUCCAUGAAUCGUCAGACCAAAACACAAACCCAUGGCGGCCGGCCGUAGAUGAGACGAACAGUUCCGGAUUUACACCACCACAACCACCGUCGCUACUUGACCAGGACCCUGAGAAAAAUGUUUGGGGCACUGGUUCUCAGUCACUCACAACAACUCCCGGCAUUACUCCUACUCAAUCAUCAGGCAACAUUCACUCAACUGCCUCUCCUAGUCCCGCGCCCUUGAAUACCACAACGGCUGCUGAUCUUUUAGGCGAUGAAAACGCUUGGGAAAGGGAAGAAUCCAACAACAAAAACAACAAGGGCAAGCAACCUGUUGAGCCACAGUCGUCAAUCCCACCUGAAUCCAUUGAUGGCUGGAAUGUGGUUGAUCAUGAACCAACAUCAGAUCAGGUUCCAGGUAGUCUCUCUAGACAGAGUACUUGGGAAAACUUUGACGCCGCAGAUGAGGACACGGCUAAAGAGGUCGCGGCGUCUGAGGCCGAAGAGGCACCGCCGUUGCCGCCUAGGACGUCGAUAGAAGUCCCGCCGCCGCAACCUCCACGUCGACAAUCGCCAAACAAUGUGAAUAUGUCAGAAACCUAUCAGAUUAAGAGCAUUCGUUGGUAUGAUUCGAAGGCACCUCAGAACCCUCGAGCUUCGCCUAUUCUUGUUCAGAAUGCUAACGGCCCUUGCCCUUUGGUAGCCCUGGUAAAUGCGUUGACACUGACGACACCAGCUGAUCAGGCUAACACGAAUUUGGUUGAGACGCUUGGGGCCCGUGAACAAGUUAGUCUCAGUUUUCUUUUAGAGGUGGUUGUAGAUGAGCUCAUGUCCUCGCGGCAUGCGGGGUCUGACAUGCCCUUGCCGGAUAUGUCAGAACUUUAUGGUUUUCUACAAGGGCUGCAUACAGGAAUGAAUGUCAACCCACGAUUUAUACCUACUCCCGAAGCUGCAGCUGCCCAUGGACAAAUUUCGCCGGGUGAUGAUAUGCCGGGCACAUUUGAAAAGACCAGGGAUAUGGAGCUUUAUGCUACAUUCAAGAUUCCUUUGAUUCAUGGCUGGCUGCCUCCAAAAGAUGACGCGGCAUAUGCCGCGUUGAAGAAGCGAGCUGCUUCUUAUGAUGAUGCACAGAAUCUUCUCUUUCAUGAAGAGGAGCUUGAAGACAAGUUCAGCAGCUCACAGACAGGCCUGACAGAGGAGGAGCAGCAGCUGUACCAAGACAUUGUCACCAUUAAAUCAUUUCUUUCUACAACGGCAACACAAUUGACACCUUCGGGCCUCGAUGUCAUCACUCAGUCUAUCAAGCCUGGAGAUGUUUCAAUCCUAUUUCGCAAUGAUCACUUUUCUACUUUAUAUCGCCACCCACAGACACUUCAGCUGUUCACCCUGGUUACGGACGCCGGCUACUUCACUCAUGAUGAAGUCGUGUGGGAAUCACUUGUUGAUGUUAGGGGUGAGCGGGCGGAAUUCUUUUCUGGCGACUUUCGUGUUGUUGGCGGCAACCAAGGUUCAAGGUCACAGAGCAACGAUGAUGGCUGGUAUGAUGACCCGUCGUCCGGCGCUGAUACUUCUAACAAUAGCGGCUGGCAAACGGUACGGAGUAGACGCUCACAAAAUAACCGUCAAAGUGAACCAGCGCCAACUACCACACCACUCUCGCCACAUGAACAGGAGGACAGAGACUUAGCUUUAGCCCUACAACUGCAGGAAGAGGAAGAAGAGCGACAUCGUACAGAGCAGGCCGCUCGGCGCCGAGAAAGCCGUCUGUCCGAGCAGUAUAUUGAACAACAAGGGAGGGGUGGGAACCGUACUGGGACCCGGACCCGCGGUGGCUCAAUCAAUAAUGCCGGCAGAGGAAGCUCUCAUAGUUUGCCACCUCCUAGAGGUAGCUCCGCUAACCAGCCAGCCCGGGCAGCAGCAGCGGUACAACCAAGGAGAAGCGUACAACAGGUUCGGUCCCUAAUCCCUCCCGUAACUCAUCGAGCGGCAGAAGAAGACAUAGAAGACGCACCUCCGAGCUACGAACAAGCUGCAAAGUCAACGCCAUAUGUCCCGCCCGCCGGUCACCCCAGCCAUCCAUCAAGUAAUCCUACAAGUCCGAACCCGAGCCCGAACCCAAACCCGAGGAGGAGCUCUAACUUGAGAAGCCAGAGCAUCGCUGGACCUAGUACACCGACCCGACCACGUCAAGCCUCGCAACACUCUGUCGCUGCUGGUGCGGGCGGUGGGAAAGACAAUAAGGAUUGCAUUGUGAUGUGAUAGAGAGUCUCUACACUGAAUUUGAUUUACUACUACUACUACUUACUACAAGAUUUUUCUUUUUCGUUUUGCUGUUUUUCUCAAUGAAAGAAAGCGGGCAUGAUAGCAGGUUUUUCGAGCAUGGAAUCCAUUUUCAUUGGCGUUUGCACGGCAUAGGGGGUCUUUCUCGGUUUGGGGCUUGGCUUGGUUUUUUAUGGUUGGUAAGACGAGUAUUAUAGGGAAAGGUGAACGCCUUUAUACAAAUUUUCAAGAGAAGAAAUUAUUCCCUCUCUUUUUUUUAUUCGCCCAAUUCGUGGUUUGAAGAGCGGAUUACAUGCAUGAGAUUUAUAUAUCGUGGUAUAUACAUAUAUAUGCAUUUAGGUCGUACUUAUCUAUACCCUCUAUUGUAACAUGAAUGGAUCGUGCCCUUCACGCCGAUUGCGGGAUAUACGUUUAUGAUGAACGAGCUCAUGAAACUUAUUUAAGAUCUAUGUUUUAAAAUGUUAAAGAUCUUGUAAACCUAUAAUUUGAGGAGUAUGUAUUGCCU